GCAAGCAAAUAAGAAGCAACAAUGGCGGGCGUCGGCUAUCUUCUUCACCACUGCAACUCCAAGCAGUUCAUCUCCCUCCUCUCUUUUCGUGCCCAGUUUUUCAAUAUUCAAUUCUCUCUCUCUGCCCUAGAGAGAGAAAAACCGAAAACAAGCAUCCAAAGCGCGGCGUGGGUAGUGGGUUUGGUUUUGAUAGUCUCAAGAUAGUGCUCGUUAAUCUUUAUUUUAUUGGUUUCGGUUUUGAUUGAUCGCCAUUGAUAGUUCUUCGAGAGAAACGGAAAGAGGCUGCAAUAUCAAUGAUACGAGCCCGAGAAGAAGGGUUUGGAAAUUGAUGCAAAUGUCGUCGAUGCCAUCUUCGAGACAACGUUACCUCUUCUUCUUGUUCUUGUUUUUGUUCUUCUCUGUUCUUCAAUGCGUUUCUUAUGUCUCUGCUACCAAUGGCGAAGGCUCUCUGUUGUUUUCAUGGCUUCGAAGUUCUGGUAGUAGUUCUCAUUUCUCCGAUUGGAACGUUCUUGAUCCUAAUCCGUGUAAAUGGACCUCCAUUUCUUGCUCCUCUCAAGGUUUUGUUACUGAAAUUAAUAUUCAGUUUGUUCCUCUUCGGCUUCCUCUGCCUUCGAAUCUCUCUUCGUUUCGAUUUCUUCAGAAGCUUGUUAUCUCCGGCGCCAAUGUCACCGGGAAAAUCCCCGAUGAUAUUGGAAACUGCACGGAACUUAAGAUUCUCGACUUGAGCUCCAAUAAUCUUGCCGGUUCUAUUCCCGGAAGUAUUGGAAAUCUCCGGAAGUUAGAGGACUUGAUUUUGAACGGAAACCAGUUGACGGGGAGCAUUCCGGCGGAGUUAGGGCUUUGCUCUAGUCUCAAGAAUCUCUUCGUUUUUGAUAACUUACUGUCUGGAUUUUUGCCACUGGACUUCGGAAAAUUGGGAAAUCUCGAAGUUCUUCGAGCGGGAGGUAACAAAGAAAUCACCGGAGAGAUUCCACCGGAGAUUGGAAACUGCAGUAAACUGACAUUGUUAGGACUGGCCGAUACUCGGAUUUCCGGCCGGUUACCGUCGUCUCUUGGAAGGCUUCAGAAGCUUCAAACAUUGUCGAUUUACACGACUUUGCUCUCCGGCGAAAUCCCUUCCGAUUUAGGUAACUGUUCUGAGCUUGUGGAUUUGUUUCUUUACGAAAAUAGUCUCUCUGGUUCGAUCCCUCCACAGAUAGGGGAGCUUAAAAAACUUGAGCAAUUGUUCUUAUGGCAGAACAAUCUUGUUGGGGCAAUCCCCAAAGAGGUUGGUAACUGUAGCAGUUUGAGAAGAAUUGAUUUCUCUUUGAAUUACCUGUCCGGAACUUUACCUUCAACUUUAGGAGGACUUACAGAACUAGAGGAUUUUAUGAUUAGUGAUAACAAUGUCUCUGGUUCGAUCCCUGCUAGUCUUUCAAAUGCCAAGAAUUUGUUGCAGCUGCAAUUUGAUAACAAUCAAAUUUCUGGGUUGAUUCCACCAGAGCUUGGGGCUUUGUCAAAGCUUACUGUCUUGUUGGCAUGGCAGAACCAGCUUGAAGGAAGCAUUCCUGAAAGUUUAGAGGGGUGUAGUAAUCUUGAAGCUAUUGAUUUGUCUCAUAACUCACUCACAGGUGCUAUUCCUUCUGGAUUGUUUCAGCUUCAUAAUCUCACAAAACUUCUGUUGAUUUCCAAUGAUAUAUCUGGUUCGAUCCCACCCGAAAUUGGUAAUGGCAGCUCGCUCGUGCGGCUGCGGCUUGGAAACAACCGGAUUACCGGUGGGAUUCCGAGAACAAUUGGCAGGAUGAGUAGUUUAGACUUUCUUGAUCUCUCAGUGAAUCGAAUCUCCGGUCGAUUGCCUGAUGAGAUUGGCAAUUGCAAAGAGUUGCAGAUGAUAGAUUUGAGCUAUAAUGCUUUAGAAGGUCCCUUGCCUAGCUCUUUGGCAUCUUUGUCUGAGCUUCAGGUCUUAGAUGUUUCAUCAAAUCGAUUUUCGGGUCAGCUCCCGGGGAGUUUCGGGAGUCUUGUUUCUUUAAAUAAGCUUGCUUUGAGAGCAAACUUAUUCUCGGGAUCGAUACCGGCAUCUCUCGGGCUAUGUUCAGGUUUGCAACGGCUCGAUCUUAGUAGUAACCAUUUUACAGGCAACAUUCCAGUGGAGCUGGGACGGCUUGAUGCUCUUGAAAUUGCUCUUAAUCUCAGCAACAAUGACCUCUAUGGGCCAAUCCCACCUCAGAUAUCUGCACUUACUAAGCUUUCAGUUCUUGAUCUGUCAAGAAACAAGCUCGAGGGGGACUUGAAACCGCUUGCAGGGCUGAGUAAUCUGGUCUCUCUUAAUAUCUCUUACAAUAACUUCAGUGGUUAUCUUCCCGACAACAAGCUUUUCAGGCAGCUAGCACCAACGGACCUGACUGGCAAUGAAAGGCUCUGUUCUUCGAUCAGGGACUCAUGUUUCUUAAUGGAUGGAUCAGGACUAACAAGGAAUGUAAACAACGUGAAAUUAUCUCAUAAACUUAUGAUAGUAAUUGCCUUGCUCGUUGUUUUAACAUUUGUUCUGAUAAUCAUGGGGAUUAUAGCAGUGGUUAGAGCAAGAAGAACCAUAAUUGAUGAUGAUGAUUCGGAGCUAGGGGACAAAUGGCCUUGGCAAUUCACACCAUUCCAGAAACUAAAUUUCUCUGUGGAUCAAGUUCUAAGAUGCCUCAUAGAUUCAAAUGUGAUUGGAAAAGGAUGUUCUGGGGUUGUUUAUCGUGCUGAUAUCGGUAACGGCGAGAUCAUUGCGGUGAAGAAGCUAUGGCCAACGAUAUCAACUGCCAGCCAUGAGUAUACCGAUGACAAAACAAGGGUUCGGGAUUCCUUCUCAACGGAGGUGAAAACUUUAGGCUUGAUCCGUCAUAAGAACAUUGUUAGAUUCCUGGGUUGUUGUUGGAACAAAAACACAAGGUUGCUCAUGUAUGAUUACAUGCCUAAUGGGAGUUUGGGAAGCCUCCUCCAUGAAAGAGGAGGAGGGGAUGAUGCCUUGGACUGGGCACUUAGGUACAAAAUUUUGCUUGGUGCAGCACAAGGCCUUGCUUACUUGCACCAUGACUGUGUCCCUGCCAUCGUUCACAGGGAUAUCAAGGCCAAUAAUAUUCUCAUUGGCCUGGAUUUUGAGGCUUACAUUGCUGAUUUUGGCCUUGCCAAGCUUGUCGAUGAAGGUAAUUUCGGUCGUUCCUCCAAUACAGUCGCCGGUUCUUAUGGAUACAUAGCUCCUGAAUAUGGAUACAUGAUGAAGAUCACAGAAAAGAGCGAUGUUUACAGCUUUGGUGUCGUAGUAUUGGAAGUCCUAACCGGAAAGCAACCAAUUGAUCCAACAAUACCAGAAGGGCAACAUGUAGUUGAUUGGGUGAGACACAACAAAGGAGUGGGCGUUCUAGACGCAGCCCUUCUAUCCAGGUCAGAGUCAGAGAUAGAGGAAAUGGUGCAAGUUUUAGGCAUAGCAUUGCUGUGUGUGAACUUCGCCCCAGACGAGCGCCCGAACAUGAAAGAUGUCGCUGCCAUGCUUAAAGAAAUCAAGCAAGAAACCGACUCGAAGAUCGACCUACUCGUUGAAGGGGGGAGUAUUGAUGGUCAAGAAAACAAGAGGCCAAAGGGGGUGUUAGCAAUGACAUCCUCUUCUAAACUGGGAAUGGAAAGUGUUCGUGCCACAAGCGAUGGUUUCAGCCUCUCUUCUUCCUCACUGAUUUACCCAUCUUCCUCCAUUCCCAAAAUGUGAUUCAAGUGAAAUUCUAAAUGAUUUUUUUUUUUUUUUUUUUAAUUUCUUCACUCAUUUUCUUAGUUACAUCUUGAUUUUGGUAUUUGAAGAUAAUUAUUGUUUUAAAACCCAAUGUUUAUUUUUAUUUGUAUAGUGGAGU